CGUAACCUGAAGACAACUCAGUCGCAGAGGAUAAAAAGUCCCAGACCAACAAUGGUGAGAUGAGCGUCGAGUUUCCGAUCGGUUCAAAAAUGAAAUACAGGAACUAUCAACGCGCACCCACUUCUGGCCCAUGGGCGAAGAAGAAGGGACCGUACGAUGUGGUCUACCGGCGAGACCCAGUGUACACAAUCGCUCGGCAAGGAGAUUCACGGCGAGUGCAUUCCAGUGCGUUGGAGAACUGGCAGGAGUUAGAGGAGGAACCCUUUUCGCACAGUGAGCAUCAGCGGCAAUCAGAAAUACUCCAAGCGAAGGCAGCUGGGGAGAGCAAUUCGGAAGGGGUGGAGUGUGGUGGACUAAAGGCAGACACUAUUGCGCCAGUUCGCACUAGUGUGGCCCAUGGAUGCUAAACAGCAAACAGCCAACAGCAGGCCGUAAUGACUCCCCUAAAUGAAAGGAACACUUUGGAAGGGCAACAGUAUGCGCACGAGGAACGGACGCAUAAGCAGUGCACACUGCACAAUUACUAGCCACAGAAAGAAACCCGCGCCAUGUAAUCACCAACCGGGAGGACGAAGAUGGGAGGAUGUCUCGUUUGUCGGAACGGAUAUACUUAAUAUUAGCUAUAAGCAGCUCCACUUGCACCUCGGGUUCUUACAAAACUAUCCUUAUGCAGCAGUGUGUCUACAUAGGUUGAAGCUUAGAAUUACG